CUCCACCAAAGGUCUGCUUUUCACAAUGAGUAAACGAACUGCAGUCUCAUUUGUCCUGUCCUCCUUGCUCUCAAUUCUCAUUUACUCGGCUCUGGGAAUAUACAAAGAAAACCUGGUAAAUGACAAAGGAAUGAUUCUCUGCUCUGGCUUUGUGACAUCAUAUUUGUUUAUUUUUUCACUGACUGCGGUCAAUAAUCUUGAGAAUAUGAUGUUUGGAAUGGGAUUUGAAGCAAGCUUUUUCCCUGAAGUUUUGUCAUGCUUUGGCCUUGCACUUUAUACAUCUUACCAGGUGCAUCCUGUGUCAUGUAGUUCAUGUUUAGUGUUCUGCUUGGUGCAACUGUACUUCAUCAACCAGCUUUCCAGGAACAUUUAUCACAUGUCAGAAAGCUCCAAUGUGACAAAAGAGAUUAAAGGAAGGAAGAGGACCUGAAGCAAGCUUACAUUUUGUUUGUGAAUUACUGAGUCAAUAAAA